AGGCAACCGCGUAAAAUUCGCUUUGCACAUAUAAUUUUCGUGUUUUUGUUUUUGCUAAAAUGCAAGCAAAAGUAUCUUUUCUCCAAAUCUCACAUCGUAAGCCAUUGCACUUUGUGUUCAAGACACAAAUAUUGACAAAGCUCAAGAUUUUCAACGGAAAUUUCAAGUUGAUUAAACAAAGUGUUUUGCGUACACUUAUGAAUAUCUCAAAUAUUUGUUGACAGUUGAGAAGUAUGAGAGUUUGACUGGUGCGGCUACAAGCUGACUGUGAAUGGUGGAAAUCAACGUCUUCUUGAGUUGGUCACAUGUUUGAUGUUUGAAAAAAUUGUGCAGAAUUUGUCAUGCGAAAACAUCAUAUCGUCAGAGCGAAGUCCAUAGACAGUGUGGGCAGCUAUCGAACUGCUUUAUAUGGGUUAGUUGUACAAUAACAACGCAGACGACUAAUCAUUGAGUAAUGAGACAUUGAAAUGAGACACAUAGUGGGAAAAAAGAUUAUACUAGAAAAAGGUCGAAGAAACAAGAAAUUAUUAGCGAACUAAAGCGGUGACACCUACACAGCGGCAACAGAAGAUUAUUGACUCUUGAUUUAUGAUAAAGCUUGAGCCGCUCACUUCUUACGCCUUCAACAGCCGAAAACGGCCUCUGGCACUCUGGUUAGUUAUGACACGUUAUACGUUUUUAAUGGUCCGAUGACGCCCACCUGCAAUAUAUAAUAACAACUUUUUAUAAACUUUAAAUAUCGCUCUUUCCUUCCCUUCGCGAGCAACUCAGCAGGUAUAAUGUUGGCGUUAGCGCGAUUGUUUGCCUUGGACUCGUCAAUGAUCCAAAGACUGUUUGCUAACAGUCAGCGAGAGUCAAAUCAGUAGAUGUGAAUAACCAAAUAAUGUAAUCUCGUUAUUUUAAUAUCCGAAACGACUAAACACGCUUUCAGCGUUAUUUAUGAUAAUCUAAAUGGAAGCUGCAAGCCAAGAGUAUACGUGAUGCAGAGUUUAUGGAACCACAAUUUAUUGAACGAUAAGCAACAAAUGCAUUUGCUGCUCGUGCCGGCCGUGACUACUACAACAUAUACACACAUGUGUAUAUGUGUGUGUGUGCGCAAGUGCAACGUUGCAGCUAGAAUAUCCGUUAUGCUGACAAUGCAAUUUGAGAAAAUACUGUUUGUGCACAAAUAAGCUCUAAAAUCUUUGUUGUGAUAAAUAAUAAUAAUAUUAUUAUUACCCGAUGCGAGAUUAUAUGAAAUAUUUUGAGAGCUGUGUAAAUAAAGUGAGAGUGUUGUGAGUUUUAUUUACGAGUAAAUAAAUAUAAAACGAGUGCUUUUUGAAUUGUUGUUGGCACACAACAAGAGUACAACGGUAGAACGUAAGCGUGUAGAAAAGCUCUCAGCAACAUGUUGACAACACAUCAUUUGCCACAUUUACAUCAUCAUCGUGGCAGCACAGCAGUGGAAUUGGAUAAAGUCACAAAUCUGAGUACGCUCAUUGUGGAAAUCAACAGCCAAGUGGCGCUCUUCCGUGAUAUGCUAAUACAUGUGGGCCAAGCAAGGGACUGCCCCGAAUUGCGAGAGAAGAUUCGUAAAUUGCGCCGAACUUGCGUGGAGGCGUGCAAACACACGGGUCAGAUAAUCAUGCCCCAAGUGAAAAGCGCUGUCAGCGAAGGCGUGCUCACCGAUAAUCCACAUCUUGUGCUGCUCUUCUAUCUGGCGCAACGUUUCCUACACGAACUAAUAAAAAGUUAUCGCCUCAUACAGGUGGUGCCAAUGGACAUGUCCGGUUAUUAUGAGAACCGCGCCGGGCCCUCGAAUCUCGGCAAUGUCAUCAGUCAAAUACUGCUUUGCAAACAAAUAACACCCGACUUCAAUCAAGAGGAAUUAUGCAGCAUUACCAAGGAUUCGCAGGAGAUAGCGGUGCUGUUGGCCGAAAUGCAGGAGUUCAUGCCGCAGCACGACACAUAUCUCGAACGUAGCGCCGCGCUCGACUCGGCGAAGAGCAGUCACAACUUCAUUUACAAGAAUAUGAGUUUGCUUUGUUGUAUGUCACGUCCGAAAUAUCUCUGAGAGGAAACCUAGGGUCUGGUGCGGGGCCAGUGCCCCGUUGUGAUAACAACGACACAACCAGCAGUCACAACAACAACAACAGCAAUAACGGUUGUUACGACAAAAGCAACAACAACAUCUGCUGCAACCAUGUCAGCCACCACCACAACAACAGUGACGUCGACAGCAGCAACAACAACAACAAAUCCAACAUUAAGCAAAUGGACGGACACACUGUGUCAAUUGUGUCGAACAAAAAAUAAUGCAAAUAAUAACUCAUAGUAGGCAAUUAAGAUGCAGGAGUACAUUAAGUAGAUAAAUAGAAAGUAAAUAGCAAUUAACAAUUAUUGUGGAUGGGCGUAUAGUUUGUAUAUGUAUAUAUAUCUAUAUAUUUGUAUAUUUAUUUAUAUAUAUAUAUACAUGUAUGUGCAUAUGAGUUGACUAGUUUGUACGUGUAGUAGUAAAGACACCAAAUUGUAAGCCAGAAAGCACCUAAGCGAGUAAGUAAAUCUGUAGUCGUUAGCUAAUUAUAGGCAAAUAAAUAAAAAAAGCACGAAAAAAGUCGAUAAAUUCGAAAAUACCUUCUAUGUUUUUACACACACAUUUACAUACAAAGUUUUAUUUACAUGCCUUACAUGUUUGUAUGCAUUAACUUCCAUACUUUUGUUCUUCCCCAAAUGAGUUACUGAAUACUUGUAUAAAUGCAGCGCACUUAGUUAAAUCUAUGUUAUACGUAUAAAUAGAUAUACACAUAUGUAGUAUAAGCGCACAUUCCCACACACACACACAUGCACAUAUAAACCGUCAUGCAUUAAAAGCUUUCAGCAAUUCAAAAUAACUGUAUUUAAUAGUGACUAAGUAAGCUAAUUAAUUUAUAGGUUAGCAUUAAAAUGAAUUAGUAAAAUCAGAUAUUAGCAUGUGGCAAGUUCGUGCUAUCGCCGUUAUUGGCUGCAUUAAUGAAAUUAAUCUUGAUUUUAGUUAUGCGGCAGCGUGGAGAAUAAACUUCAAUGCGCAACAAAAAUAAUAAUGGAGCUUGAUAGCGACAAAUUAGUUAAAAUUUCUAAUAUUAGAACGAUAAUUUUUUAAUUUUCGCAAAUUUUUUUAUAAUAAGAUAUUGUUUCUUUAGUAUGCGUAAUUGAAUUUUGACAUAAUUAAAUGUAAUACUUAAAUUUUUCCAAUUAGACCAAUGCAAAAGCCGUUAAAAGAUAGCACAAAUUAAACAGAAAAUAAUUUGCGGGCGAUCUGUGGCCGGGAAAAAGAAGGGAAGGCAGUGGUUAAAUUUUUAAGGGUUAGAAAUGGUUACUCUAGAUUUACGCUUAAGCAACGAGUGCUAUAGAAAAAAGCUAUAUGGUAAAGUUUUAGGUAAUAAAAAGCUCUAAUACUUUUGUUAUCACACCAUUUUCACAUAACCUCAAAAUUUAUGUGAAAAAUUCAAAUAUCCAGGUUUUUGGGAUUUUUAUUUUUAUUUUCCACAAAAAAAAAUCUUUCGCC